GUUCGAAACACAAAGUUAUUUUGGUAAGCGGGUGCUACCUAGAUUUUGGUAUUUUUGAGACGGAAUUGAUAAAUGUUUUCUACAUAUAGCUAGCUAAUUGCAAAGUGAGCAGCAAAGAUGGUGCUUCACCUUGAUAAAGAGCAUGCACUGUUGGAAUGGGUUAACCACCUGAAUGUGGACCUCCCGGUGCGGAGCAUCAACGAUUUACAGGAUGGCAUUUUGUUGAUGAAGCUCGUCUAUAAACUGAGAAAGGAAGAGCCCGCAAAGUCCUAUUUGGACCAGCAUGUCCAGGAGAGGCUGAAAGUGGUCUCUGACUUCCUGCAAGGUGACUGCAGGUGCAGCACGGAACGGGGAGCUCUCAUCUCCUGGGACAACAUCAGCAAUGGCCUAAACCUGGAGGUGGAGUUAUCCAAGGUGCUUGUGCUCCUGUACUACCAUAGUGUGAUCAACAACCAUGUUGACCUGAACCAACUGGAAUACAAGUUUGAGGUUGAGCUUGCCUCCAUGCUCCGCUUUGUAUUGGACAAUGAGAAUAGCCUCUACUUGAGUGAGAACUUGGAGAAAUAUCUAAGGAAGAAGCCCCUGUUUAGUUUCAACAGUGACAUCUCCAGUACCUCCUCAUCCUCCUUGUUCAACGACGAGUCCCCAGUCUUCCAACGCAGAAAGAAGAUCGGUUCAGUUCAGUUUCUGGACCUACAAACUGUUGCGUCCUCGUCUGUCAGUUCUCCCCUGCAGGAUGUGAUGAACACUCCUCAGUUCCAGCUGAAGAAGCUGCAGAGGCAGCUGCGUCAGGAGAGAGACAUGAGGGAUGAGCUGGAGAAAGACCUGACCACCAGCGCCACCACCCUCACCCAGAGAGAGAGUCAGAUCUGUCAGCUGCAGCACCGUAUUGAGAAGCUGCUGAGGGAGCAAGCUGAGCAGGAGCAGGAGCCCCGGGAUGAGCUACAAGAACUGCACAGCAAGAACGAGGGGCUGCGGACCCGUCUCCAUGAGGUGCUGAAGGAGUGCCAAGCGUUAAAGACCAACUCAUCUCAGAUGGAGCGGAAGGUGGAUAGCCUGACAGAGGAGAAUGGCACCCUUUCUGCCCAGAUGCGUGAAGUGAUUGCUCGGUUGGCGAGUGCUGAGGCUGAGGUGGACAGGCUGACUGAGGCCCAGGACUCUGCUCAGGGGGAGUGGAGCAGCAGACACUGCCACCUUCAGGCUGAACUCAACCAGGCCACUGCUCAGAAGGAGUGUCUGAGUGAACAGAUGCUGAUCCUGCAGAGCAAGAUCUCCUCUCUAGAGGACGAGCUGAGUAAAGCCAAAAUGCAGGAAAAAGGAGAGGUUAUGGGCCCUAUCUUGGAGUGGGAGCAGCUGAAACAGGAGCUGGCUGAUGCCACCCUCAGGCACGCAGAGUGUGAGUGCACCAUCGCUCGUCUGAAGGGGGAGAAGGAGCAGGCUGCCACCCUGCAUGCCCAGGAGAGGGCCUCGCUACAGGCAGAGAGCCAGAGACUGCAGGUCCUGGUGACUGAGCUCCAGGAAGCCUUGAGUGCUCUGCGCGCUGACAGAGAGGCUCUGGAGUUGGCCUCCAAGGAGGAGAGGGAGUCCCUGACUGCUCAGCUCCACACCCUGACUGCUGAGGUGGCCAGCCUUACCCAGACUGUACAACAAAGGGAGCAGGAGGUGAAGGCGCUGGGGGAGGAGGUGCAGCAGGAGUGCAUGCAGAGAGGGGAGCUGAACCUGGCUAUGGAGCAGCAGGAGAGGGAGGCCAGAGAGGAGAUCCAGGAGCUGACCAGCCACGUGGACACCAUGGGUGCCUCUCUGAGGAGGGCUGAGGAGGAGGUGCAGGUCAGGGAGAAGCAGCUUACCAGGCAGCAGCAGGAGAGCGCUCUACAGAGGGAGGUCCUACAGGAGGAGAUGGCUGCAUCUGAGAAAGCGUUAAAAGAGCUGAAGGAGCAGGAAGAGGCCGUUAGAGAGGAGGCCACUCGACUGCACCAGGAGAUAACUACACAUGCUACGGACCUCUGCAGCCUGAGGCAGGAGCACACUGCUCUGCAGGAGCAAUUGGCUAGGCAGCAAGAGGAGAUCUCCCUAGAAAAGGAGGCACAGUCCGCAGCCCACAGGGAGAAGGAAGCGGUGAAGGAGGAGCUCUCUCAACUCCAGGAUGAGGUGAGGAGCCUGGGGGAACAGAUGGCCCAGCUGGAGGAGGCUCAGAGGGAGAAGGAGCGUCUCCUCCUUCAGUCCACAGAGAACAUAGAGACCCUCCAGACAGAGAGAGCCGCUGCCUCGUCCCUCGCUGAAGCCAAAGACCUGGAGCUCAGCAGCCUGAGAGAGGAGGUGAGGGCCAGGGAGGAGCAGCUAGCCAUGCAACAAGAGGAGUACCGCUUACAGCAGGAGGAGCUACAGGAGGAGCUUGCAGCUCAGGAGAAUGAAAUCAGUAACAUGAGAGAGCGGCUCGCUGGCCUGAUGGACCAGAUCUCUCUGCUGAAGGAGGUGUGUCAGGAGGGCAAAAACAUGGAGGCCCUGAGAGAAGAGCACACUGCCCAGUUGGAGCAGCUGCGGCUAGUGAAGGAGCAGGUCGAAGAGGUCCAGGAGAGGAAUGAGGAGACCUCGGCAGCUCUCAGGGAGAAGGAGUCGUCUCUCAGGGAGAAGGAGGAGAGCCUCCGGAGGCUGGAGGAGGAGCUACAGUCCACCACCUCUCUGGCCUCCCAGAGACGACAGGAAGAACUGACCUCACUCAAGGAGGAAGUCAUGUCGCUGCAGGAGGAGGUGGAGAGGAGGCGUGCAGCGGAGGCCCUGGCAGUUGAGGCGAGGGAGGUGGCUAGGGAACAGGAGUCUAAACGUAUGGAACUGGAGGAGAGCGUGUCAGCCCUACAGCAGCAGCUGGACUCAGCCAUCCAGGACAAUGAUAUGAAGAGACAGAAGUGUGAGAGGCUGGAGCAGGACCUGGAGCAGAGAGGAACACGGGUGGAAGAGCUGAGGCAGCAGGAGGAUGGCGCCAGACUGGAGGCCACUCGACUCCGCCAGGAGAUCUCUACACAUCUCAGCCAUCUGGAGGUAGUGCAGAGGGGGAAGGAGGAGCUAGCCAGGCAGCAGGAGGAGCUGAGAGGGGAGGUGUCCCUCCAUCAGCAGAGAGCUUCAGUGCUCCAGCAGAGCCUGGAGGAGCAGGAGGUCGCUAUGAGAGUGUUAAAGGAGCAGACGGAGAGCACCAGAGAGGAGGCCACUGUGAAGAUGGAGGCCCUACAGGCUCAGCUGGAGGUAGUGUCGUCUCUGGCCGCAGCUAAAGACCUGCAGCUCAGCACUCUGAGAGAGGAGGCCACUGCCUUACAGGAACAACUAGCUAAGAGAGAGCAGGAGAUCUCCCUUCAGAAGGAGGUGCUGCAGGAGGCCCAAGGGGAGGAGUCAGUGGAGGCACUGAGAGAGGAGCUGGCCAGGCAACAGGAGGAGCUGAGAGAGGAGCUAAUCCUCCAGCAGCAGAGAGCUCAGUCCUUAGAACAGAGCCUGGAGGAGCAGCAGGAGGCCCUGAAAGAGCUGACCGUGAAGGAGGAGAGAGCCAGAGAGGAGGCCACUCAACUCCGCCAGGAGAUCUCCACACAUCUCAGCCGUCUGGAGGAGGUGCAGAGGGAGCAGGAGGGAAAAGCAAGAGAGGAGUCAACUGUGAAAAUGGAGGCCCUACAGGCUCAGCUGGAGGUAGUGUCGUCUCUGGCCGCAGCUAAAGACCUGCAGCUCAGCACUCUGAGAGAGGAGGCCUCUCUACUCUGCCAGGAGAACACCAAACGGGCAGCUGAUCUAAAGGACGUGCAGUGGGAGAAGAUUCGUAUGGAGAGCCUGUUGAACGAGGAGCACAGAGCCUUACAGGAGGAACUGGCCAAGGAGCAGGAGGAGCUGAGGGGAGAGGUGUCCCUCCACCAGCAGAGAGCUGCAGAGCUCCAGCAGAGCCUGGAGGAGAAGCAGGAGGCCCUUAGAGAGCUGAAGGAGCAGCUUGUCCAGCAGCAGGAGGACAGCUCCCUACAGAAGGACUUGCAGGAUGCCCAGGCUGCAGCCCUCCAGGAGGAGGUGGUAGACGCUCUGAGAAGGGAGGUGACCCUCCACCAGCAGAGAGCUUCAGUGCUCCAGCAGAGCCUGGAGGAGCAGGAGGUCGCUAUGAGAGAGCAGGAGGAGAAGAGCACAGAGGAAGCCACUCUGAAGAUGGAGGCCCUCCAAGCAGCUAAAGACAUGCAGCUCAGCACUCUGACAGAGAAGGCCACUACCUUACAGGAGCAGCUAGCUAAGAGGGAGCAGGAGAUCUCCCUUCAGACGGAGGCGCUGCAGGAGGCCCACAUGGAGAAGGAGUCAGUGGAGGCACUGAGAGAGGAGCUGGCCAGGCAACAGGAGGAGCUAGUCCUCCAGCAGCAGAGAGCUCAGUCCUUAGAACAGAGCCUGGAGGAGCAGCAGGAGGCCCUGAAAGAGCUGACAGUGAAGGAGGAGAGAGCCAGAGAGGAGGCCACUCUGAAGAUGGUGGCCCUCCAAGCAGCUAAGGACUUGGAGCUCAGCACCCUGAGACAGGAGGCUACACAACUCCGCCAGGAGAUCUCCACACAUGUCAGCCACCUGGAGGAGGUGAAGAGCGAGGGCCCCCUGAGAGAGGAGCACACUGCCUUACAGGAGCAGCUGGCCAAGCAGCAGGAGGACAGCUCCCUACAGAAGGACUUGCAGGAGGCCCAGGCUGCAGCCCUCCAGGAGGAGGUGGUAGACGCUCUGCGAAGGGAGGUGACCCUCCACCAGCAGAGAGCUUCAGUGCUCCAGCAGAGCCUGGAGGAGCAGGAGGUCGCUAUGAGAGAGCAGGAGGAGAAGAGCACAGAGGAGGCCACUCUGAAGAUGGAGGCCCUCCAAGCAGCUAAAGACAUGCAGCUCAGCACAAUGACAGAGAAGGCCACUACCUUACAGGAGCAGCUAGCUAAGAGGGAGCAGGAGAUCUCCCUUCAGACGGAGGCGCUGCAGGAGGCCCACAUGGAGAAGGAGUCAGUGGAGGCACUGAGAGAGGAGCUGGCCAGGCAACAGGAGGAGCUGAGAGAGGAGCUAGUCCUCCAGCAGCAGAGAGCUCAGUCCUUAGAACAGAGCCUGGAGGAGCAGCAGGAGGCCCUGAAAGAGCUGACAGUGAAGGAGGAGAGAGCCAGAGAGGAGGCCACUCUGAAGAUGGUGGCCCUCCAAGCAGCUAAGGACUUGGAGCUCAGCACCCUGAGACAGGAGGCUACACAACUCCGCCAGGAGAUCUCCACACAUGUCAGCCACCUGGAGGAGGUGAAAAGCGAGGGCCCCCUGAGAGAGGAGCACACUGCCUUACAGGAGCAGCUGGCCAAGCAGCAGGAGGAAAACUCCCUACAGAAGGAACUGCUGCAGGAGGUGCAGGCCACAGUCCUCCAGGAGAGGGAGGCUAAGGAGGCACUGAGAGGGGAGGUGUCCCUCCACCAGCAGAGAUCUGCUGAGCUCCUGCAGAGCCUGGAAGAGCAGAAGGUUGCUAUGAGGGAGGAUCUAGUCAGGCAGAAGGAGGAAGGGCAGGCAGCAGGCCAGGUGGAGAAGGAGUUGAUGGAGCAAGAGAAGGAGGCUCUGUUAACCCGGGCGCUCCAGGCAGAGCAGAACCAGAGCAAGCUGGAAGAGAGCAUGGCUGAGCUGCGAGCCCAGGCAGAGAGCAGAGAAAGUGGCCAGAGACAACAGCUGGAUGCCCUGCUCCUGGAGAAGGAGAGGCUGACUGAGGGUAACCAGGUCUUGGAGAUGAAAUGUAGCGCCGCCCAGAGGCUGGAGGCUGUACUGCAGGAGGAACUGGCCCUGCUGACAGAACAGAUGGAGGGAACCGAGUUGGAGAAACAGGUCAGAGAUCUACGGGAACAACUUGCUGCCAACACUGAGGUAGUGGAACACUACAAAACACAGGUUGAGAAGGCCAAGAGCCACUACUCGGGGAAGAAGCAGCAGCUUGUGGAGUCUCAGGAGCAGGUGACGGAGCUGCAGCGCAGCCUAGAGGUCAGAGAGCAUGAGGUCAACGCCGUUACCACAGAGAUGAAGCUGCUGCAGAAUGAGCUGGAGAAGGCCAGGAGCAAAGAGAAGAGCCUCAGCUCCAAGGUCAACACUCUGGAAGCACAGCUUGCGUUUGCUGACCGUCACCUUCGGGAGCAGAGCCAGGUUCGACCUGAGGGGGGACCAGGCAGGAUUGAGAAGAUGAGAGGGGGUAGAGAGAGUGUCUAUCUGAAAGUCCCCCAGAGCCAGACUCACCAGGAGACCAGCGGCGACAGCCUGGACCUGAGCCUGGACGACUCCCUCAACACUACCACGAGGCCGUUGAGGCCUGACGAGUCCAGUACUCCCCUGGUGCGUAGCUCGGAGCGUGUAGCUGCUAAACGGCGUGCUCUGGGAGGGGAUUCACUGGAGACCCUCUACUUCACCCCCAUGAAUAACCGUCAGAUCAGCAGGAGCAGCACUGAGCGCCGGCUAGAGGGUAGCAUCACAUCUCUGGGAGAGCUGGCUCUGGACUCAGCCAGGAAGAGACCACCCACCUCCUCAGCUAGACGCCGACGGACCACCCAGGUCAUCAACAUCACCAUGAGCAAGAAGACCCCUGGUCGCGGAGGAGCAGGAGGGGAUAGUGACAACGAGACGUUCUACAGCCUGGCCUCCGUCCGCUCCCAUCCCAACAUCACCGGAAGAACACACACCGCACGACCUGUCUCCAUGGAGAUCUUCCACACACCCGGAAAACCUGCCGUUGCCUUGAGCGAUCAGCUCCUCGGUCUCCCUGGAUACCGUCGAAGCACCGUCCACGUUGCAGCUCCACAGAGUACGGGCCAGUUCUGUGUGGGGGCAGAGAAUGAGCCUGACCAUGCUGCUGAUGACUGGCUACGCAUCGCUGAGCUGCAGGCCAGAAACCAGUCCUGUCUGCCUCACCUAAAGAGCAGCUAUCCUCUGGAGUCCAGGCCCAGCCUGGGACCGUCCUUUGAGUUCACCGACGAUGACCUGCGCAUGGGCGACCCCACGGAGACUAUCCGUAGAGCCUCUGUGAUGCCCGGACAGAUUCAGGAGUCUCUGUCAUCCCACCGGCUCUCACUCCACCCGGGACCGGCCGACAGCACCACGGCCACCAGGCCAGCCUACGGCUCUCACCGCCUCUCACUGAUGCCCCCCAAACCUAAAGCCAGCAGCACCUUGAACAACCAGAACACACACAACCUCAGGGGGAGCAACCUGUCACUCAAACGCUCAGCCAAAGAUCAGGAACCAGACACACCUGAGGCUAAGAGGAUGGCAACCAGCUGUUUCCCGCGCCCUCUUACCCCUAAAGGAAGUCGUUUCAGCUUAUCCAACAACCGGCAGCCUCUUAGCCCUGCUGAGCGGAGACAGUCCAUGGUGUUCUCCAUCGACAACACGCCUCGUAAGGCAGCCUCCAAGAGCGGCUUCCUACAGAGAGGCAUGAGUAAGAUUCGCAGCUCCACGCGUAAAUCCCCAGGGAACAAAAGCUCCCGUGUCCCGCGGUCCGGAGAUGGGAAGUCUCCCCGCAGUGGAGCCGGGAGUGUGAAGUCCCCUCAGCCGGGAGGGAAGGCACAGAGGAAGUCCCCACGGACCAACAGCAUCAAGUCUCCAGCGAACUCCACCAGCGCACGCAAGGAACCUGAGGUGUUGGUUGGAAAGCCCAUUCAUCUGAGCAGAUGAACUUCAGGAGGAAGAUGUGAACGAACAUCUGAUCACUCUAAACACGUUUUCUUUUACAUAAUCUACCAAGAAUAAUCAUUCAAUUGUUUUAUGUGCAAUAACUACAAGUAUACUUUCACCAGAGGUUAUAUUAUAUUUACUUAGAACGUAGUGCUAAUUUGGGUUUUAAUCAUUUGGUUUCUUUUGAGAUUUAAAAUCUCAAUGUUUUUAUUUUAUUUGACCCCCUAAUGAUGUAAUUGUAACAGUUAAGCCCUGUUCAAUGGGGUGGUGAGGUAUCCAAUACUGUUAUAGGUCACCUACUGUACGUGUAUACCUGGUACACUGAAUCAUCAUGAUGCAUCACGCUUUGACUUUAUUUAAUCUCAUCUUCUUUGGCUUUUUAAAGUCUCUCCCCCCCCCUCCUUUUAGCUUUAAAACCUUUUUGUAUCAUAUUUACAUGAAUUGUCUUUCAAAUAAAAAGUAUUAAACAAUCUGUAAAA